GCGAAGGCGUCUUGAGCCCGCGCCUCUGAUCCCGGAAGGGCGCUUGGGAGGUUCCUUGUUAGCAGCAGCAGAAGCCACAUCCACCAAGAAAUGGACUUCAAGGCAGUUGCAAACUACUCAAGGCUCCAUGCCAAGCCUCCGGGCGUGUCCCUUCAGUACGGCACCGCCGGCUUCCGGACCAAGGCAGAAGACCUGGACCACACCAUGUUCUGCAUGGGCUUACUGGCAGUGCUGAGGUCCAAGCAGACCAAGUCUACCAUUGGCAUCAUGGUCACCGCCUCUCACAAUCCCGAAGAAGACAAUGGCGUGAAGCUGAUUGACCCUUUGGGGGAAAUGUUGACAGCCACAUGGGAGGCGCAUGCCACUCGCUUGGCCAAUGCGGAGGAGGAGGAGCUGCAGGCGGUGCUGACGGACAUCUGCCAGAAGGAAGGAGUAGACCUUCAACACAGUGCUUUUUUGGUUAUCGGCAGAGACACCAGAUCUAGCAGCAAGAAGCUUUCACAGUCAGUAAUUGAUGGUGUGUCUGUCCUUGGAGGUCAAUACCAUGACUACGGCUUAGUAACCACGCCUCAGCUCCACUACAUAGUUUGCUGUCGGAAUACUCAUGGAAACUAUGGGACUGCAACAGUGGAAGGAUACUAUCAAAAACUCUCUAAGGCUUUUGUGGAGCUUACGAAACAGGCUACAAGCCACAGGGAUGGGCACAUGUGCCUGAAGAUUGACUGUGCAAAUGGCAUUGGGGCUCUGAAGCUCAAAGAGAUGCAAUACUACCUCCCUGGGAGCCUCGUGAUGCACAUAGACAACGAUGGGACUAAAGGGAGACUCAAUCAUCUCUGCGGAGCUGAUUUUGUCAAAGUCCAUCAGAAGCCUCCUGAAGGAUUUGAAAUGAAGGCUGGUGAGAGAUGUUGCUCCUUUGAUGGCGAUGCUGACCGAAUAGUUUACUAUUAUAAUGAUGCUGCUGGCCAUUUUCACCUGCUUGAUGGAGACAAAAUCGCAACUCUAAUCAGUACUUUCCUUAAAGAACUUCUGGUCAAGGCUGGACAAACAGUAACGUUUGCGGUAAUACAAACAGCCUAUGCCAAUGGGAGCUCAACGCGUUAUUUGGAAGAAACCAUGAAGGUGCCUGUGCACUGUGGCAAAACUGGAGUGAAACACUUGCAUCACAAAGCUCAGGAGUUUGACAUUGGAGUUUAUUUUGAAGCAAAUGGUCAUGGCACAGUAUUGUUUAGUAAAGCUGCAGAAGAGAAGAUACGGUAUCAGGCAAAAGAGGAGAAAGACAACCUAAAAAGGGAAGCUGCAAAGAUACUUGAAAACACAAUCGACUUGAUAAAUCAGACGGUUGGUGAUGCCAUUUCCGACAUGCUGCUGAUAGAAGCCAUUUUGGCUUUGAAGAACCUCACAAUUUCACAGUGGGAUGCCAUGUACACGGAUCUUCCUAACCGGCAACUCAAAGUUAAGGUUGCAGACAGACGAGUUAUCGACACGACAGAUGCAGAAAGGCAAGCGGUGACACCUCCAGGCCUGCAAGAAAAAAUCGAUGACCUUGUCAAGAAGUAUCUGACGGCUCGAGCCUUUGUUCGCCCAUCUGGGACAGAAGAUGUCGUCAGAGUCUAUGCCGAGGCAGAUACGCAGGAGCAUGCUGAUAACCUUGCUCAUGAAGUCAGCCUGGUCGUCUACCAUCUAGCUGGGGGUGUUGGAGAACCACCAAAGACUGCAGCUUCGUGAAGUGCCGAUCUUCAAGCCAAACUGUUUUGACUUUUUUAUUACUAUUUCCCCUUUUUCUUGUUAAAUCUUUCCUAGUUGAGAGUCGAGAUUAAAUUUUGAUUAAUAAAAAUGAAGCAAUAUUAAAA